AGUCAGGGAAAGCUAGAAAGCCUGAGCACAACAAGUGCGCGACGUGGUGCAAGAGAACACGGAAGCUCUUUCACAAUCGUGCUGGGAGCAGUAAUAUUUUUUUCCCAAAUAAGAAUAAAAACUUCCCUGUAAGUUUCAAAAAAAAAAAAAUAGUAAGUUAAAAGAAAUUUCCCCGAGGAUUAAUUGCGGCUGGAAGUGAGGUGUUUUGUGGUGUGAAAAAAGGUGUAAAAGCUGCAGGAAAUAUGGCCAAGCAAUUAAUUAUAAUUAUCUGAGAGAUUAUUUGGCACAUGGAUGAAAAAUUGCGGCCAGAUAAAAGUGUUUAGUCCUAAAAUCGCAAUGCUAAAUGUGAUUAUGAGCCAUGGUGACACGAUUUCUGUGAAAUUGUGAAAGCUAAAAUGCCGGAUAGUUCCCUCAUAAACACAGUUUAUUAUCUGAAUGGAAUUAGCGCAACUGGAUGCAUCAGUGUAGUACUGUGAAGUUUACACUUGGAUUUCAACCGUGAAUAUUGAAGCAGUAUCAUAACAAAAGCUUUUCCCAAAACCAUCAUCAGCAGAAUGCCAAAAUUAGUAGUGCAGAAAUUUUGGAUAACUAUUUGUGGAUUUAUGUUAAUUUUGAUGAAUCACCGAACAAGCGGACAAUCUGAAUUUGAGGUUCAAUUAGUAGUUAGGAAAUACGUGGAAAAGGGAUCCAGUGUCACUCUUCGAUGCGAUCACAAUGUGAAACCAGAGAUUUUGUACAAGGUGACGUGGCUGAAAGGUGGCAAUAAAAUAUUCGAAUACAUUAAUGGACGGAAUCCACCUUUCCGAAAUUUCACCAUCCAAGGAGGACUUAUCGACUGGAAAGCAUCGAAUGAGCGUCAGGUAACACUGAAGGAUGUGGAUUUCGAAGCGAGUGGCCUCUACUACUGCGAAGUAUCCACCGAUACGCCAAUAUUCACGAAACCAUCACAGGAUGAGCAGGUGCAUGUAAUUCUUCCACAAACUGGACCACCUCGAAUCUCAUUCAGCAAGAGGCAAUUUUUCAUCGGUGAAAAUUUAGUGGCUAAUUGCACAACGUCCAAAUCCAGGCCUGCACCACACAUUACAUGGCUUAUCAAUGGAAAAAAGGUCGACGAUAAACAUAUAAGAACAUUCUUUCCGUAUGCAUCGAGUAGUGGUGGAAAAAAUACUCAUCGAUCAAAAGUUCAGCAACACCCCAACAAUCCAUCGUACGACAGAGUGGACUUAGCAACUGACACAUUCCCUAAAUCACCAACUCAAACGAAAGAUCGCCAUGAAGUAUCUUCGCAUAUUCCGCGAACACAGAAUUUUGACACUUUCUCAGCAUCGAGUCGCUCCUUUGGAUUUGGAGGGAAUUUUGAAGCUGUUCCUGCCAAGGAUAUUCAUUCAGACUUUUACGACAAUAAAUACCACGAAGCGAGAAAGCAUCGAAAUGGCCGAAAAUAUCGGCGGUCGUUUGGAGAAGGCGGAGUUGUUAGGAAUCCUCAUCGACCUGUUUUCUCAGCCAGUCAAUUGAGUGUUGAGGUAUCAAAUCUACAUGCAGGAAGCAAUGGACGCCUAGAGAUCACCUGUCUGGCCACAAUUCCCGCUCACGUUGGACCAGGUGAACAAUUUGCCGACUACAAGACUUAUUCAGUCAAGAUUGACAUUGAACAGGCUGAAGUAACGUCUCCCGUUCCUCAACCAGCACCUUUGGGAAAUAUUUCAAGUAGUGCAACUUUAUUCACAAUUAACACCCUCGUUGUUGGAGUACCAAUUGCUUUUGUUAUAAUUCAGCAGAAAUGUCAACGACUGUAAAAUCAACUGUAACUCCUCUUUUUAUGCCCCAAAGCCCUCCGGUGCGUUGUCUACAGACAUCCACGUGUCCUGUUCCUUUCACCACUGAACUCCCUGUGACUAAUUCUGCGCAUUUUUAAAUUCUUCCUCGUCAUCCAAUCCUCCGCCCCGAAACUCCCCCAAAAGAAAUGCCCUAGAAGAAAUUUUGCGUAUAUAAUUUCUUUUUUGGAGCAAGAUAAAAUGAUCCACUCACGCGAUAGAUUUUAAUUAAUCUUUAUUCUAAAAGCGAAGAGAGAGAGAGCGGUGACAUUUUUUGCGUAGAAUGGAUGGAUAAUGUAGAAAAUAAAUUUGUUGGUGAGAAAGAUGUGACAUAUAGGAAACAUAUAUUUUAGUGAAAUUGAAAAUUAUAUAAAUUAAGCGUUUAAGGGAAAAUUUUGUACGGAUUUUACAAAUAAAAAAGCGUUUGUGUUGCUUUCUAAUUUGAUGCGGAAUAUUUUAGUUCAAAAAAAAAUCUUAACAUGUCGCAAUUGUAUAAACUUUUAGUAAGCGACAAAAAUGGUAGUGAAAUUGUUAAUGAGGGAAAUAAUGUAAAGUGAUGAAAAUUAACGCCAAAACAAAUUAGAGAUACAAA